UAAACCAUUAACUGUUUUGUUCCCUCUCUCUCUCUCCGCCCCCUCUCCUUCUCAUGACCCUCUUAAUUAUAUUCCCAUUUAUCACACCACGCUGAGCCCGCUCUUCUUGCCUUUCCUUCCUCCCCCACAUCACUAUAUUAUGCUCUCUCCACUCCCUUUCCCCUUCCCAUCUCUUCUCACCCUCUCUAAGUCCCAACCUCUCUAUAGUCUCAAGAGAGAGGAGGAUUAGAGAUGGCAGGCUGCAAUAAAGAGGAUAUGGCUUCCCAAGGGGAAGAGGUAUCACUGGAGAAAAAGUAUGGAGGAAUUGCGCCUAAAAAGAAACCCUUGAUAGCAAAGGACCAUGAGAGAGCCUACUUUGAUUCUGCUGACUGGGCCCUUGGCAAGCAAGGAGCAAAUCUGAAAACGGGAACUGCCACUGAAUCACUGAAGCCCAAGUUGAAGCGAACACCUCAUCCUCAGCUCCCCCCUCGAAAGCCUAUGUGCACCUUUGAUGGAGAGAACAGGGCGUAGAAGGUCGAUUUAAGAUUUAAGAGAAUGCUGUAUGUAAGACUCUGCUGAAAUCUAUCGGAAUGAAAAGGCAUGGAUUUGGUGCAAAGUGUGAUGUAUAUAUGUCAUCAUUUGAGUCAUGGACUUCUCCAUUGUUGUAGUCCCUGGGCUGAUUUUAAACAGUCGUCCUUAUUCAAAGAAACCCUGCACCUUAGUAAAGAAAGUUUCUUGGAUAAUAUAUAAUCACCUUAUAAGUAGAAUGGCUACUUUUCUAA